UCCUGAUAGACCCAAAGUCGGUAUCAAGGACUAAAAGAUCGACAUUACCUUGAGCCUCCUUCAUCUCAUCCGUAUGUGGCAGCCAAAGCCUAGUAAAGGCUGGGUAUCCAAUAUGUUUCGCAUGUCCAAGACCCUCGACGUACUCACCCUCUUCCACAAACCUUCCAUUUCCGCAUCGGUCCGCGUGCAGAAUCUCCUCAAACAAGCCUCCGCACAGGCGGCGCAGACUGCGACGGAAGACCAAGCGACGGACCAUUCAGCGCAGAACAACACCGUCACACGAGAUCCUUUCGAGUUGGAAGUCACCGAGGCGCCGCCCACGCCAGACCAGCUCAACAGCAUCUUCGAGUACCUCGGUGGCGGGGUCGCAGGAGAGCUUGUCAAGGGCGCUGCCAGUCAGAGCGAUGCGUUGAGGAAGGUCAAGGAGGAUGGAAACUCGUUCACACGGCCGGUCUUGGUGGACUGGACGAGAGGUCAGGCUGUGAUUGGCGACAAGGAGAGCGAGAUUUUGAAGUUGUUGAAGGCCGAGGGGAAGUAGGCAACACGAACAGUACGGUUCAGUUGUGAUGGCUGUAGAGAAGCAUGGGCGAGCGAAGCGAGUUGCUGGGAUGCUAUACGAGCAGACGACGGAUAGGGACGAGAAUACUCGAAGCUGGUUAUGCAGAUCGGGAGAGGAGUGGUUUCAUGUCGCUUCCACAGCCAAUCUACAGGAGUCUUUCGACAAAAUAAGGGCUGCGAAUACUGUGCCUGGCACAGGAACAGAUUGUAUCCCAGCGCGUCUGAAUCUAUUGAAUGGCAAUCGUCUCUCAGGAUGACGUGAUGACCGAGGAGCCUUCCAUGGAAUGCUCUUCCAGGUAAACAGACUGGCCGGGGACUCUAGAGAGAAGCACUGCUCUCCAGAAGUGACGAUCACGCACUUAUCCC